AUGUUUUACAGACCUACAUCAGUGUGGUCAUGGAUUUUGGUCGCUGCAACAGUGAUCGAAACAGGGUUGUUGUGUAGUAAGGGUUUUAAAAUGGGGUGUAGAAUUUUUACGCGUUACCGCGUCUCGCUUAAUCUGGUUCCUGAUCGGACAAUCACUGCUGAAGUGAAAGCCGUCCCGACAUUCCUUUCUUUGCUCAUCUUUGGUUUCAUAUAUCAAGCAUUGCUACUUUACGACACUCUAUCGCAACGAAACAUGAUCCAACUAGGUGGCCUCUGUGCUUACUCUGCUUCUCUCUGUGUUUAUACGAUACUACAAAUUCAGCAAGUCGAAAAAGUAGUUAUCGUCCUAGAGACCGCAGCCGGUCCUGCAACUCUCAUCAACAUGAAGCAUCUCACUUAUGCCAAUGCUUCGUUGACUGGUUUGUAUACAGCCAUUAUCAUUUGCGUUAGCUUCAAGUUGUAUGGAGAGUUUCAAUGGACAAUAUAUCGCCAGCUGAACGCAGACCUGGCUAUGCAAAAACGUUAUUUCACCUUCAAGAUUUUCACGAGUAUUCUCAAAUUCGACCUAUUCUAUUUCCUAGGAUUCGUCAUCCAAAUGCUAGUGGUUGUGACUGGACUUGCCAACUUUGAGUUCGUACUCACUGUCGCAUCAAUCCCAUUCAUCAUCCUCACACUCAUGGUUUCGACCUGGUUCAUGAGACGGGAGAACAUAACAGGCAUGCUUGUUGUUUUGAUCUUGGAGGUACUUCACACUGCUCUCCUUGCUUUCUACGUGUUCAAGCUCGUACGAAUAUACCAACCAUCCCACGCCGAAUCUUAUUUACCCGUAAGAAAAAACGUCAGUUCUUUUGGGUUCCUUACAAUCAUGCUGAGCGUUGUUACUAUUGGCGUCGCAAUCAAGUGCAUGGCAAACUUCAACAAGGGAUUGAAGGGGCACAUCACAAAUCAGAGGCUGGCAUGGAAGUUGUUGGAGGAUCACGAAAUCGAGAUGAUGGAGUUCGAUGACCGGCGAUAG